CUUUAUUGCGCCUGAUAAUUGAAACCAAUAAUGCGUUCUUCUGCCGUUCUCACUGCUCUCACCUGCGCCCUUGGUGUCUAUGCCGCUGGAGGUGUCAACUAUGACUUCGCCUCGCCUCUCAUCGGUAAUCUGGAGUCGACUCAGAUCAUCCCUGACGUGUUCCCAGCUACCUUUGAGCCCAAGAUCUACCUUAAUGUUACCUACAACGACGACUCCAUCAGCACUGGGGAAAUCCUAACUCCAGCUGACACCGCCAAAGAGCCUACUGUCGUGUAUGAGGCCGAUCCGUCCAAGUUCUACACUUUGGCUUUCCUUGAUGCUGGUGACUCGACAAUUCCCAACCGUUCAAACGACUUGACGCGCAACUGGCUUGUUGUCAACAUCCCGGGUAGUGAUAUUGCCAAGGGCAGUUCGACUGGCACGCCUUACAUGGGCACCAAAAACCCUGAUUGUGGAAUGACACGCUAUGUCUACGCACUUGCUGAGCAGCCUAAGGAGAUCCCUAACCUUACUGUCUCUGCUUCGCGUGACAAGUUCGAUCUGAUGGGCUAUUUCAACAGCAACAAGAUGACAAUGGUUGGCGCAAACUUCAUUGUAGCUCUCACUGAUAGCAACGAACUCUGCCCUGGUGCCAGCCUUCCGUCACAUGCCGACGAUUUCUUUGAUGAGUCGGCUUCAGAGCUGUCUUCAGAGUCGUCAGUGGAGCUAGGCUCACUCGACUCGCUCGACUUAGUUGAUUCAGCAGAGUCCUCAACCCACUCUGCUUCAACCAGUACCUCGUCGUCUGGUGCCAAGACUACCCAGCCGAACAGUGCCUCUGGCAAUAGCCCUAACGGACUUGCUCUUUCUCUGAUUGCCGCCCUCGCCAUGGUCGCUGUUGGCUCAACGAACUACUUUUAG